UCUCUCAGUUAUUGCGAGGAGCUUGAGCCCAUAAGACGUGUUAGAUUAGAACGAAAAUUCCUUCAGAAUGAAAUUGGGGUACUUUGUCGGGAUUUUGCUGAUCAUUGGAGUAGUUCAAGUGCGAAGUCAUUCGUGUCCGGUGUUUUUGACAUUAUCCUCACUUGCGAGACAUAUCGAGGAUGCGUCGCUCGUUAUAAACUGGGGUCCAGAUUGUGAAACACCACCCAAUUGGAUAGGACUCUACACUCAUAAUCCUGCAUUGUCAGAGUCUCCGCCAGUUGUGAAGAUCUAUGUAGAAGGCCAAAAAUCCGGAGAAAUUGUAACAGAACUUAAGUUCGGUAAACCACGCCUUCCGGGAGGAUGGGGCUACGACGAAGUCCUUCGUCACAUCCCGAAACGUCGAGCUAAGCCGCUUUGCUUCGACUUCUACCUGGUUGGUCACAAUCGGGACAACGAACUUGAGACCUUCGACUGCCUCAAAAUCCAACCGAAUUGGAUGUUCACAGAGCGCAGCAUCGGCAACGUUUCUCUGAAGGACCUUUUCCUCCCGGGAACUCAUUGCUCAGCCUGCUACCAAACCAAAGCCAAUAUCAACCAUAUAUUCUUGAAACGCGUUGGCUACCGACAAGAUCUGGAUAUCUGGACACAGCUCGUUUUUGGCAUUCGCUAUCUGGACUUCUCCGUCGGCUACCACCCAUCCCACAAUGGAACGCGCAAUUUCUGGAUCAUGAAUGAAAGUUAUCGCGUGGGAUGGAUCGUACCGAUCCUUCAUGACAUCCGUCGCUUUGCGAUUCUCUCAGAAGAAACCUUAGUGAUGGACUUCCGUCGAUUCCCGCUGGGAUUCCACAACCAUCCGGAACAGCACUUAGAGUUUCUGCAGGUCUUGGAGCAGGAGCUGGGUGACCUGAUUUACCACAGGCCGCACUUUGGAGAUGAGCAGAAUGACGACACCGAGUCCUUCCACCUGACGAUCGACCAGAUGCGACGGGAGGGAAAGUACAUCCUCGUGACGUACAAUCAUGCGGCCAGUUUGAAUGCUUCCGAUCUCGUGUGGGCGCCAUGGAAAAAGCACUCCAGUUCGUUCCUCAAGCACACCGAGUUGGGUGAGUUCAUGAAGAAUCUCUUCUCGCAAAAGCACCCGGAUGCACCGAAAGACAUCGGAUGGAGCUUCCACGGCGUGCAGGGUUUGCAGAGCAGCUAUACCACCGACGAGAGUUACAUGAUGCCCAAGGAGCGUGCCAAUCUGAUCAAUCCGAAGCUGAUGACGAUGCUCGGUGGGCCGUGGAGUCUGAGGGCCAAUGCCGUCCUGCUGGACUACUUUACCAAUACCAAUCUGGUUGAUAUGGCGGUUCACACCAAUCGGUACAAGACGUUGAAGAGCUUCGGAGAGGAGGUGGUCGUUUUGGACAUUCAGUGAUUUCAACAGGAAGAUUCAUUUAGGACUAUAAGAUUAAAUAUGCUUCAGAUUAACGAUGAGAUUUUAUUGAGGAAAAGCUAGUUUCAAUCAUCAAGUUUUAAUCAUCAAAUUCAAUUCGAAUCAUAAUUGAGUAUUAUUAAAAUUAAACUAUAGACGUAAGUAUAUCUUUAAAUAAACUAAAAUUUAUCUAUUAAAAAUGGUU